GAAACUGCAGUCGCUUCUCAGCACUGAUUUCCAUGCGCACAAAAAUAUUCGUUAAUUAUUUUUAAGAUUGCCCCAAAGAUGUCCUUUUUACGCAGUGCCGCCGGUCUCCUGGCUCGUGCCAAGCCCCUGGAAGCCUCCAGCACAGAGCAAACACGGCGCCACAUCAAGCGAUGGGUCUCGCCGACGUUACGUGAACUCGCCCACCGGCAGAAGAAACUGGGGCCGCAGAAACCGGAGGCCCGUUCCGGUUUCAUCGAGUGGAACCAGCGCUCGGAGCUGUUCGCCUUUGGCAAGCGGCUGGGCGAGUCCUUUGAGCUGUCCCAGCUGCAACGUGCCUUCACAGAGAAAUCGUUCGCUCGGCGCGAGGAGGAUCGUCGUCGGCAGCUGGGCAUUGAGGAGGCGGACCUGCAGAUGGCCGAUAACAGCGAUCUGGCCGAGAAGGGUGGGCACAUUGCCCGCGCCUAUGUGGAGGCCUUCCUGCAGCACCAGUUGCCGAAGGUCCCCGAGGAGGGACUCCGGGCAAUCGCCCAGUUUCUGCUGAGCACCGAGACCCUGGCCCACGUGUCCUCCCACCUUGGCACCAAGGAUCUGAUUCACUCCACGGAGUACCCGCCCUCGGCCGAGAGUCUGGCCCAAUCCCUGCAGGCGGUGAUCGGCGCCCUGGCGAGUUCCAGCUGCAUUGAGAGGGCGUUCCUCUUUGUCCGCGACUUCAUCUGCACGCAGCUGAAUCAAAAGGACCUGUUGGAUGUGUGGACACCCCCGGAACCGCUGCAGCUGUUGGAGCGGAUCUGUCAGGAGCGGAAGCUGGGCGAAGCAGAGCCUCGCCUGCUGGGAGAUUGCGGCAGGAACACUGUUCUGGCCGCCUACCAAGUGGGCAUCUACGCAAACCGCCAGCUGCUGGGCAAGGGAUUCGGCGAGGACCUAAAGACAGCCACCGAAACAGCGGCUCUCGACGCCCUGCAGAGCAUCUUCGACACCCACGACAACCGACGGCCCUUCGACUUCUCCGUGCAGCUGGAGACCAAGAACGUGCGACUGGGCUGAGAACGGGAUCUGCGUCCUGGUUGAUUAUUGUAAUUUGCACUAAACACAUGUACGCAUGCAUUGUCAGAGAA